GAGAAAGACGAAGAGAUCAUAUGAUCUAGUGAGAGAAACAAAUUUAACACAGAAAUUCUAAAGAAAAAUAUUUUAAAUAUAAAACAAAAAACUCAAAAAGCGGACAAUAUAAACGAAAACUUAUAAAAAAGGAGAGAAGAAAAAACCCUAGGUUUAUAUUUUUGAAAACAAAGGAAUACGGAAACAUAGAUUGAUAGACGAGAGAUGAGAGUGAACCAUCAUGGCGAAGAUAAACAACGAAGAAGAAGAAAAAAUAUCAUGGGGAACAUGGGAAGAACUAUUAUUAGCAUGCGCUGUUAAAAGACAUGGAACUAACAACUGGGAAUCAGUUGCCAAUGAAAUUCAAAACAAAAAAUCCUCGUCUAACUUUAUCGUAUCUCCUCAGAACUGUAAACAGAAAUAUCAUGAUCUUCAUCGAAGAUUUAUGGUUAAUAGUGAAGAUGUUGUCGAUUCAGAAAUAAUCGAUCAUCAUAAUAAUGAUGGUAUAGAUGAUAAUCAUAAUCAUGAUAACAGUAGGAUUCCUUGGCUUGAUGAGUUAAGAAAACUUCGUGUUGCAGAGCUUAGACGCGAGGUUCAAGAAUAUGAUGUUUCGAUCGUGUCUUUGCAAUUGAAAGUAAAGAGAUUAGAAGAAGAAAGAGAAGAAAGCUUGAAGGAUAAAAAUGAUUUUGAUGUAAAACCAGAUCUACUGGAAACCAGAACCAAGGAAGAAGAUGGGAAGAAGAUUGAAACUGAACCGCCUCGAUCCCCGAGUCCGAUUGAAAAAACCGAUAAACCGGUUUCCGGUGACGAAUCCGACCGGGAUAAUCAGUCAUUUAACGAGUCAAAUUCUUCAGAUCUGAAAGAUGGGAAGACUCCGGAAGUUGAUGUCGAGAAACUACUAGAACCGGUCCAAACCGUUACAGAAACACAGGACCACGUUUUAAUUGAUAAACCUUUGGCUUUGGGAGAAGAUUCGUGUAACGGAAGUUCUGAAACUAUUGCUAAAGACUCGGCUGUUCAAGUUGAGAAGAAAUCAUCAGAAACAACGAUCCCUGUUAGAGAAACUCGUGAACCAGCCGAGUUAUGGGAAUCGGUGGCUGAGUCAAAAGGUGGUAAUGGAGGUGGUGAAGAAGAAGGAACAAAAGAGAGUAGUGACGUACAAAGUUCGGCCAGCCUAUCAAGGAAAAAUGGACGGAGGAAAAUCACUUCGGGAAGUAGUAGCGGUGAAGAACGUGAAACAGAGGAGGUUUCUCCCGCCAUCAAACGGAUCUCUGUGAAAUCAGAACCGUUGCUUGGAUUUCUCGAGAUGAUCCUUUCUCACAAAUAUGGCUCCAUAUUCAAGAGCCGGCUCAAAAGCCAGGAAACAAGUAAGUACAAAAGUUUGAUCAGGCAACAUAUAGAUAUGGAAACUAUUCGAACAAGAUUGAAACAAGGUCGCUACAGUGGUAGCUGCAGCCAGAAAUUCUUCAGAGAUUUAUUACUUCUCUUCAAUAACGCUAUUGCUUUUUACCCCAAAAACUCAUCAGAAGCAGUUGCAGCUACUGAAUUGCGAGGAUUGGUUAGCAAAGAAAUGUUGUCAAGAUCGACAGGCUCAUCAUCAUCUCGGAGCCAAAACAACCCCUCACCUGGAGAUCCUACUCCACCAAAACUACAGCAAUCAACACCACUAAUGCCCAAACCCGAUCCUGAACUUUCAGAUUCUCUAAUACCAAAAUCAAAACCAGUUGGUAUAAUCUUUGCUUGUCGAAAACGCAGCUCAAUCUCUGCGAAAGCUGCAAACAGUUCUAAACCAGUUGAAUUCAAAGGAUCGGAUCAGAAUGUUGAUGAGGAGAAACCAGUUCUGGAUAAGAAACGGAAGGAAAAUUCUUCUGCAGUGGAAGAACAAAUCGUGUUUAGUAAACGAAAAGGAGAAAGGUCUGCUUCUGGGAUGAGGAGUUCAAGAUCGAACCGUAAUUACAACACUAACAAAAAUAGUCCAAAGGAUUCCAAUACCAAUCUAAACCUGGAUCCAAGCUCAGCUCGGACUUCAGCCAAGGGUGGCAGUGGAGACGAUACUAAUUCAGAGACAAAGACAGAGAAAGACAAAAAGAAUAACAGUAACAACGCAUCAACAGCGUUGACAAAUACAGUAGCUAAGAAGAGAAGUGCGGCAAACUUCUUGAAUAGAAUGAAGACGACUUCUAGUUCGUCCAACAGUGGUAAGUUGUUGGAGACGUUAAAGAAUUCUUCUCCUGGGAACAACUCCAAUUCUACCAAAGGAGACAAAGGGUGGAGUAAUAAGGAGGAAAAGUAUCGAGGUAGAGGUAGUGGUAGUAAGAAAGAUGAACAAGUUACAAAGCAGAGUUCAUCUAAAAGACAAGCGGCUCAAGGAAGCAGUCCACCUAAGAGAAGUGUCGGAAGACCACCAAAGAAAGCACCACCACCACCCCCGCCCUCAUUUUCAAAGAGGACAAGAGAAAGAGAGAAAGAGGUUGAACCAGAGGUUAGACAGCCAAGGAAACGAACAAGGAGAUGAUGAAGAAAACAUUAUGUAGUGGUAGUCACUGUAUAUUAGUGGAGUAGUAUUUUGUAGCGAUUCAUUUUUUUAGGUUCCCUUCAUAUUCAAAUAUUAAAUAUUUAUAUCUUUCGAUUUUGGGUUUGUUUUCCA